AUGGCUUCCCCGCUCUGCUUUCUUCUAACAAUCUUCAUUCUUCUUCCUUUCUUCUUUUCUCCUUCUCUAGAAGAUGCUCCGGCUUCCGCUCCCGUCUCACCGGGAACCCUUUGCAAGUCCACCCCAAACCCUUCCUAUUGCAGAUCAGUCCUCCCUAACCACACCAGCGAUGUCUACACCUAUGGUCGAUUCUCGGUUCGCAAAUCUCUGUCUCAGUCCCGUAAAUUCCUCAAAUUAGUCGACAAGUACCUACAGAAAUACCGACCAUCGUUGUCGGUGUCCGCCAUUCGUGCUUUGCAGGAUUGCCGCUUCCUAGCUGGUCUCAACAUGGAUUUCCUAUUGUGCUCAUUUGAAACCGUCAAUGCCACUAGUAGAACACUGUCCCCUGUCGAUGCUGACGACAUACAAACAUUUCUUAGCGCUAUUUUGACUAACCAGCAGACAUGUUUAGAUGGCAUACAAUCCACUGCCUCGGCUUGGACCAUAAGGAACGGCCUGUCGGUUCCUCUGUCAAACGACACAAAGCUCUACAGUGUUUCUUUGGCUCUUUUCACCAAGGGAUGGGUUCCGAAGAAGAAGAAGAAAGCCGCAUGGGCGUGGCAGCGUAGUAGUAAAAGGCAGCUCGGUUUCAAGCACGGGCGUUUGCAUUUCAAAAUGUCGAGCAAAACAAGGACGAUUUACGAGACCGUAAGCCGAAGAAAUCUUCUUCAAACGAGGGACGACGGUGAUGAGGAGGAGGUGUUGGUGAGUGACAUUGUGACGGUGAGUCAGGACGGUAGCGGUAAUUUCACCACCAUUAACGAUGCUGUAUCGGCAGCUCCCAACAACACCAAUGGCUUAAAUGGUUACUUCUUGAUUUACAUCACUGCUGGUGUUUAUCAAGAGUACAUUUCCAUUGCUAAGAAUAAAAGAUACUUGAUGAUGAUCGGUGACGGCAUCAAUCAGACAAUAAUCACCGGAAACCGCAGCGUUGUCGAUGGGUGGACAACGUUUAACUCUGCAACCUUCGCUGUGGUGGCUCCAAAUUUUGUUGCGGUGAACAUGACAUUCCAGAACACAGCCGGAGCAAUCAAGCACCAAGCGGUCGCAGUUCGAAACGGGGCUGAUUUAUCAGCAUUCUACAGCUGCAGUUUCGAAGGAUACCAAGAUACCUUAUAUACUCAUUCCUUAAGACAAUUCUAUAGAGAAUGUGACAUCUACGGCACUGUUGAUUUUAUAUUUGGCAACGCUGCCGUUGUUUUCCAAAACUGCAACAUAUACCCUCGAAAGCCGAUGAAUGGACAAUUCAACGCCAUCACCGCGCAGGGCCGGACCGAUCCGAACCAGAACACGGGCACAUCGAUUCACGACUGCAACAUCAUGGCUGCCGAUGAUCUGGCCUUGAGCAACACAACCUUCAGGACGUAUCUAGGUAGACCAUGGAAGGAGUAUUCGAGGACAGUUUAUAUGCAGAAUUUCAUGGGGAGUUUGAUAGAUCCUGCUGGGUGGAGAGCAUGGGACGGAGAUUUUGCCUUGAACACAUCAUACUAUGCUGAAUACAAAAACACUGGACCUGGUUCCAACAUUUCACAGAGGGUCACUUGGUCUGGUUUCCAUGUAAUAAAUGCAACCGAUGCUGCUAACUUCACUGUGUCUAGCUUCUUGUUAGGAGACGACUGGUUACAGGAUACGGGUGUCCCUUAUACUGCUACCUUAAUAUAGGCAAACUAAUUAACAGUUGAGUUAAA